CCACCAAUAAAAACCAAGAAGAAGAAGGCAGCGUCGAGGUUAGCAGUGGGGUCCUUUUUAGCUGCUACCGUUAGCUCUGCAGCAGCUAAGCAGCCAUUGGCCGGUGUGAGUCGGAGCAUCCUUCUAGAAAAACACCGCUUGAAGUGAAAGAUAUUGAACCGCAGUUAACGCAGCACAGCUAAAGUAAAACGAGACCAACGAGAUCUCUUUGAAGUCAAAGAGUCUUAAAGAUGCCUUCAGCAACAGCUGGCAACAGUGCUGUCCAGUCUGCCAUUCCAGACCUGGGAAAUGGAAGUCAUUCUGAGGCCAUGAAGCAGAUUAUUGGUGUGAUUGACAAGAAGGUCCGCAAUAUGGAAAAGAAAAAGUCCAAACUGGAUGACUACCAGGCAAGAAAGAAUAAGGGCGAGAGACUAAAUCAGGAUCAGUUGGAGGCCUUGGCGAAGUAUCAAGAGAUCAACAACAACUUAGAGUUUGCUCGAGAACUGCAAAAGAGCUUUCUCGCAUUGGGUCAGGAGAUUCAAAAGGCAGUCAAGAAGUCUGCAAGACGGGAACAGCUGCAGCGAGAAGAGAGUGAACAAAGACGCUUGAAGAGUGUUUUGGAGCUUCAGUAUUUACUCGACCAGCUGGGAGAAGACAGUGUCAGGCAGGACCUUAAACACCCCGAUGCCUCUGGUGCACCUUUGCUCACUGAUGCUGAACUCUCAUCCCUCGAUGAGUUUUACAAAUUGGUAGGACCUGAGAGGAACUACGAUGUAAGGUUGACUGACCAAUAUGAAGAAGCCUCACUACACCUGUGGGAACUGCUUGAGGGUCGAGACAAGGCUGUAGCAGGGACCACGUACAAGUCACUGAAGGAAACCCUGGACAAAGUGCUGCAGAGUGGUUACUUUGACAGAGCGCAAACUCAUCAAAAUGGGACGUGCGAGGAGGAAGAAGAGCAAGAGGAACAGACCGUGGUGGCUGAGUCUAAAGCUGUGGAGCAGCCAUCGGAACCUGGAUUGGCUAGUGAAAAAAAUACAGAGCCCGUUAAAGUGGAAACUAUAGAGUUUGUAAACAGACAGUUCAUUCCAGAAACUACAUACAGCAGUACAGACAAAGACCAAGUUGAGGAGUGGAGUGUGGAGGCCCAGAUGGUGAAUUCACUCCAGCAUCAGCCCCCUGCUCAGCUGGCUCCAGAACAAACCAUUACUGUGAACCAAGUCACUCCCACUCCUGCUACUGAUCCCGUGGUUAGAAAGCAGGCAGUGCAAGACCUCAUGGCCCAGAUGCAAGGGACAUACAACUUCAUGCAGGACUCCAUGUUGGAGUUUGAUGGCCAGGCGCUGGAUCCAGCCAUUGUGUCUGCGCAGCCAAUGAAGCCUGUGCAAGCUGUUGACCUGCAGCAGAUGGGCGGUCCUCUACUCCACUCGGAGUCCAGACUUCCUCAGACAGCUGCAGUGUCUGGACCACAGGAAUCCUCACAAGCCUCAAUGUCUCUGUCAUCUGAACCGUCUCCUGCCCCAUGUUCUCUGUCCUCUGCCUUCCCUCCUGUCUCCAAACCCACCCUCACUGGAGGCAUCAAUGUCAACGCAGCACCUUUCCAGUCAGUGCAAGCGGUAUUUAACAUGAAUGCACCUGUACCUCCAACUACCGAUGGCCAAGUAGACCCCUUGAAGCAGCCUAGCCAGUUCCCUGGUGGCUAUGGACAGGGCUUUAGCAGCCAGCCAGAAAAUACGGUCGACCAGCCUGACAUCCCACAAGAAAGAUUACAGACAGUUGUUAAUGCAUUCCAGCCCCAGGACCAGAUUAUGUCCUCAACUGCAGGACAUGAAGAUCCCUCUGUAGGGGCAGGGUUUGGGCAGUCUGGUCAGUCCUUCUACAGCAGCAGAGCUGUACCAAGAGGUGGACCCAGGAACGCUCGUGGCGUGAUGAAUGGAUAUCGGGGCUCCUCGAAUGGAUUUAGAGGUGGAUAUGACGGCUAUCGUCCACCCUUCUCCAACGCUCCCAGCAGUGGAUACGGUCAAGCUCAGUUCAACACAUCUCGGGACUAUUCCAGCAGUUCCUAUCAGCGGGAGGGAUAUCAGCAAGGCUACAAACGUGGAGCAGCCCAAGGAUCUCGUGGUUUGUCCCGAGGUAAUGCGCAGGCAAUGCGAUCCUAAAGGAUCCCGGGGACCGUCGAAUUACGCCACGUUGAACAUUCAGGAUUUUUUUGAAUGUGUUUGCCCCAGCUCACUUUUAUAACAAUGUUUUGUUUCUCAUCGGUAAUCUUAUUUUUUUAACUCCUGGCCUACUUAUCAGUCAGCCUGCUUCGGUCUGUCUAGAUCUUUUUGAUGUUUUAUCACAAAAAUGCUGAAUUUAACUACAUGUAGGAUUAUCAGCAAGUACGUGUGAUGAAAAACAACAAAUAGAUAUUCCUGUAAACUUGAAAGAUUUCAUUAAUUUAUUUUUUGUACAAAAUAAAUGCAAAAAAUACCCCGCCACUGUCAAUUUGAUUCCAUGAGUGCUGUAAGCCACUUGUUACUCCCUUUAUAAUUUUCAUCAAAACGUUUAAUUUUCUUUUGUUUGUUUUUUGAACUCCCGUGUCCCCGCCUGCAUCGUCACCUCUUUGUACACUGUUAUUGAUUGAGACUGUUUCAAUAAAGUUGUGCCCUAUUACCUUCUGUUACUGACACUGUUUUCUGACAUUUUCAUUCUGUGUGGUGUUGCAUUUGAGUAGUUUAACUUGAUACAAUCCUGUGUAGAAUUCAGUUUACUUCAGAGCAGCCUUCAGUUAUGACCAUAGCAGCUAUGGAAACAGCCCGUUUUUAUUACAUUGCAUCUGUUCAUUUUCAGAAAUGGUUUUACUGGAGAUGAAUGUCCCAGGGGAAACGCAUCACUCAAACAUUACCAGUGAAAUCUGUUUGACAACCUGAACCACUUUAUUUUAUUUUAGCUGAGGUGUGCAAUUUUGUCAAAUGACCCUUGGAUCCAGCAGCAAGAAAUGAACACCAGCUUUACAUUUUGUGCAAAAUAUAAUGCAUGGCACACGGGAAACGACUGACAAAGCAAAUAAAGAGAAGGUUUCUUAAAUUUUGUGUAAGGUAAAACCGAAAGGCAGAGAUCUCAUCGACUGAAAAUUUAAAUCUUCAGUGAGAAGUGGCAGCAACUCCCAAAUAUCUGUGACCCGUGUUCAUUAUUCUCCCCGAUUUGAAGAAACAAAUUUACAUUAAACAAAAGCAUACAGGAUAACACAGCAUUUAACACCAAACCAGCAUUUUUCCAAAUAUGCUAAUAUGUUUUCUUUCAUGUAAAAGUCAUAAAUACCUCAGAAUGAACAGAGAGAAACAAAAUUCAAAGUUUUCAUUGCCUUACUUUGACAGUUUCAGCAAAGUACUAGAUGGUUAGGUAAAAGUGUAAACCUUAAACAUUAAUAUCAAAACUGUUUCAUCAGAAUCACGUAGCAAUA